AUAUUCGAUUGUUUGGCAUGUUUGAGGGAGUUUGGCGUUUGUUUUGAUUGGUCUUUCUCGCGACAGUAGCAAUCAUAGCAAGGACAACAACAUGCAAUCGAGCCCGCCAACACGCGUUUGGCGACGCGACUCGCAGCCAGACUCCGAAUACUCGCUUGAUCUCGCCGCGCUCGAUCUCGACGGCCCCGACGACACCGAGACGCGCAUCCCGGAGCCCAAGGUCGAUCAUGUGCUCUCGGAAGACAUCGAUGGACCCAGCGACUUUACGCAGAACAUGGACAUGUGGAUGCGAGGAGGAACCACAGGAAGAGGAACGUUGAGCAAGAAGAAAGGCGGCCCUGCUACUACCAUUGCUCAAACCAUCAUGGAGCGGAAUGAGGAGCUGAAGCAGCAAGAAGUGCAGACGCAUGACUUCCUGGAAGUCCCGCGACAACACCAUCCAGAAGCCGAGGGAGACGUCACACAAAGCGACCACACGCCUGAAAACAGUCCACCCAAAGUCUCUAUCCUGGAGAAGAGUCAGUACGAGGAAGGCUUCAGCUCGGAGUGGCAGACGGACGGCGAAGGAUCUCCUCCAGUUCCUCCAAACCACAAGCAAUUCCUCCAGCCGACUGUAGAAGAUUACUACAGUGAGCUUAGUCCGGCACGGCAGCUUCUUCAGCAGUCGGCGCGUGGGAGGAGCCUGCAUAGCGACACGUAUGCGAGUCAGAAGCACUCUCCUGCUAAGGACGGGAGCCGGAGUCCUGGUCGUCCGUCGAGUCCUACUCUUUCGCCUGUGCGGUCUCCCGUGCGGUCGCCUGUGCUGCAGCGCACUUCGGAACGCAGAGUAGAUUCUGAUGCUGGCGGUGACGAUGGCAAUAGUCUACUUCUGUCAGCCUCGCAGGAUGCAAGUGUUCUCGCCCGCAGGACCAGCCCGACGGCCGAAGAGAAGCUAGGAAUAGACACCGAGUCGAGGGAGGAGAGUGUGCUGCGGCGAACCUCCACCAAUGGCACGUAUGACCAGAGAAUGGACAGCGAGUCAAGAUUGGAGCUGGAGGCUCAGUUCCAGCAACUUGACGCCAAGUGUGCUCAGCUGGAGCACCUGAAUGGGGCACUAGGUCAUGCGCUGGACGAGGAGAGGAGGUUGCGGAAACACGAGAAGACCAGUCAUGAAUCGCAAAUCGCAGAAGCUGCCCGUCGCGAGCAAGAUCUAAUCGAAAUGAAGGAGCUGGCCCAUCGGCAUAAUGGCGAGUUCAGGCGCGAAUUCGGUCAGCUGAAAGAACAACUGCUUAACCAGCAGAAGUUGACAGAUCUCGCAAGAUCGGGGGAGAAUGGUCAAAAGGAGAGCCACGACGCCGAGAUUGAGCAGUUGCGGAAACAACUGCAGGCUCAACAGACCGAGCAUGAGGGACAAUGCAGAGCCUUCCAGCAAGACCUGGCAGCUGUCAGACGUGGUCGAGACCAAGCUGAAAAGGCAGCUUCCGAUCUUCGCGAGGAGCUCGAGGCAGAGCGCGACCAUUACGAUGCUGAGCGACAGCGUUUCCGGACCGAACUACAGCAAGCACAUGACGACGAGGCCGCUAUCAGCGAACUCGAAAGAGAGCUACUGCAGUCCAAGUCUGAGAUUGAGAACCACAAAGCUGCCAAGGUGGAGUCGGACGAUCAGAUGAAGGCGAUCCGCGAGCAGCUUGUCGCCGCUCGACGCACGCACGAAGAUGAUGUGACGCGUACGAGUAAUGAACGUACACGCGCUGUCGAGCUAGCUGCGAAUCUUCAACGUCAGAUGCAAGAGCUCAAGCAGCAAUUGAGAGAUCAGCGGACGGCGCAUGAAGCCGAAGUUCAUCGUCUCCGCUCGCAGGGUCAAAUUUCGAGUAAUACAUCGUCCCAGGAAGUGGAGAUUCUCCGCACUGAGCUAGAAGCCAAGCAAUCAGAACUCAACAUGGCAGUCGUCGAACGUGACGAAGCGAAAGCCUUCGUUGCUACUGUCACUGCAGAGCGAGACGCCUUACAGACAGAACUCAACAAUCUCGAAUCUGUCAACACCGCUCUCGACGCCAAAGUCUCGUCAGUUCUGAGCAAGCGGGAGAAAUAUUGGAAAGGCAAGUUGGACGAGGCUAAGCGCGAACGUGAAUUGAUGGCACGGACGUUGAUGCAUCAGUGGGGUCGACAGGAGGUUGGGGUCGGCGCUCCCCAGAUGUAUGGGUACAAGUAUGGAAAGAAGCGGGAAAUGGAGAAGGGGGUAGAGGAGGUGGAAGGGGAGGGAAAAGAAAACGCUGAACCGAGGGCUACUUCCUCAUAA